AUGGAUCUGUUCAGACAAGGUAUGAAAGGUCCAAGUAGACCAGCUCCCCUGCCUCCUGGAGUGGUUCAUCGCUACUCACCAGUUACAAAUUGGAAUGAUGAUCCAUUUGCUUCCGAGGUCUUUGAGCCAUCACCUUUACAUGCACAGAAGAAAAAACCGCCUCCUCGUCCUCCACCACCUAAAGUGAACAGGCAGCCCGAAGUCUCAGCAAAACCAUCUCAUUUCAUACGUAAACCCACAGUAUUGACGUCAUUAUUAAACCGUAAAAACAAGAAUACAGUUCAACAGGCAGUUAACCAGCCAACACCAGAUUUUAAUGAAGUAGAUAAUAGCAAAUUGUUUCCUAGAUGUGAUAGAGCAAGUAUACAGACGGCUACUCUCAUAGAUUUCUCAUCUCCACCAAGUUCUCCAACAUUUACUACAAGAUCUAGUAGUGAUGGCAUUAGCGUUGAUAGUUUUGGAUCUGAUGCUACAACUUCCACAAAUAAUAGAAAUGCCAUAGGUGGGGGAAAUGCAUCACAGGCAGAGAGCGGUUUUGAGGACGAUUUUGAUCUCUUCCUUACUUCUAGAAAGCCAAUAAGCAAAGAGGAUACAUUAGAUGACUUUUCUGCAAUAGAUCCCUUUUCACCUCCUCCUGUUAAUAAACCUCCAAUUAUGAAAAAGCCAGUGAUAAGUAAAGAUCCCUUUGAAACAAUGACAAGUCAGUCUUCAGUACCACCUCUUAAAGGCCCAACGAUAAUACGGGCGAAGCCAGCUAGGCCUAAACCACCAGAUAAUUCUGCUUUAUUGAAGAGUACUUUUGGCAGCAGUUUUCAAAUGGCGACUAUGAAUAUUAAUACUACAACGCCAAUACAGAAGAUCAAUAAUGGCUUGAUGUCAGAUGACGUCAAGCAUUUAAGCUGGGAUCGCGAAGAGUCGCCAGAAAGAGAGAAAACACCCCCAAUGCCCAGCAUACCUCCCCCGCCACCCCCCAUUGUCGACGAAGACCUUCCGGUGGUGUGGCCAGAAGACCUUCCCGAUUUCGAUGAGGUUCCUAACAGCCACAGCGAUGAAGAUGAACCUCACGCGAUAGCGUUAUUCGAUUACUUCACCGACCACUCAGAGGACUUGUAUUUUUCGGCUGGAUCGAAAAUAAUAUUAGUCAGGAGGGUGAACGACGAAUGGAUGUACGGGAAGCUGAAAUCGGGCGCUGAAGGGGUAUUCCCUUCGAAUUUCGUCGAAGUCAAGGUGCCCCUGCCCAGCGAUGGGAAUACCAGCUUAGGGACAGCGCUUGCACUAUAUGACUUUUCUCCAGUGCAGGACGGGGACCUGGGAUUCAAUGCAGGCGAUAAUAUAACUGUGCUAUCUAAAAUUAACGAGGAGUGGUACUUCGGUGAGUGCAAUGGUCUCAAAGGUCAAUUCCCAGUCAAUUACGUUCAAAUUAGUUAG